GAAGUCGAUGCCGCGUAAUCUUUCACUGACGAACUUGAUAGUGACGUAAGAGUGGCCAACUCCACCAGCGAUGAUCUCGGCUGUGGCGCCGUGUCCGUUGUCGUGCUUGUCAAGGGCGCGGACCAUCGUGAUUUUAGCGAACGUGUCACCCUCAAAAGUCCUUGUAAUCGAACCUUUCUCGCCCCACCAAGCGGCGUCUUUCUCGAUGUGUUCCAGCUGAAGAAGGCGAUCACCAGCGACAUGAUCACCGAUGAUCAAGUCAUUGUUGGCGAAAGUUACAGCCAAGGUGGCGAAGACGGCCAGAAUGAAGACAUAUUGGGAUGUCAUUUUGAAUCUGUGUUUGAAGACUUGUUCUUAUCUACGAAGUAAACUUUGAUUUUGUAUCUCAAUGCGCCAGAGGCAACGAUACUAUAAAUGAUUUUCACAGUUCACAUUAAAAAUGGCAUUACAACGUAUCCUUUUCUUCACUAUCUUCGCCACCUUAGCGGUCAGUGCACAAUCAGAGUCAACAGUGGCAAGACAGAACGACUUGGUCAUCGGUAGACGAGUCGAAGGCGACUACCUUCUCAAUCGCAGUUUUAUUAAAAAGGAUGCUAGUUGGAUAGGAAAGGUCGUGACAUUCACAAAGACAUUCACUGGAGAUGGCGUCUCCACGAUCACACAAGUCAAAGCUCUUGAGCAACACGAAAAUGGAGCUAGUGCAAAAGUUAUCGCAGGUGGAGUCGACUACCUUUACGUUACUUUGAGACUAGAGAGCGAGAGGUAUCGUCACAUUGACUUCGUUGUUGAAAUUUACGGGAAAAAGGCAUCGACUGAAUAAUAUUAUGUAAUUCUUGUGAUUGAAAUAAAUGAGUAUAAUAAUUCGUA